AUGGGAAGGCCAGACUUGAAGCUCGGUAAAUCUUCAUCACCACAACGACGACAAACUUCCUCUGAAGGUUUACCUGCCUUGAGCGACGAAGCUAAAGCAGCAUUAGAAAAAACAAAGGCAGAUGGGAAGGCCAGACUUGCAGCUGUGACUGCUGCGGGUGGAACUGUUACUGAUAGAGAAAUUUUAUUAGUUAUUAAGAAGGCUGCAGAGGAAAACCCUAAGAAGGAUCAUCCUAAGGCUAUAACUGAUGGAUUUAUAGCUCUCACAGACCAAAAGCUUGCAGAAGCCAAGAGCGGUAAAUCGUCAUCACCACAACGAAGACAAAAUUCCUCUGAAGGUUUACCUCCCUUGAGCGACGAAGCUAAAGCAGCAUUAGAAAAAACAAAAGCAGAUGGGAAGGCCAGACUUGCCGCUGUGACUGCUGCGGGUGGAACAGUUACUGAUAGAGAAAUAUUACUAGUUAUCAAGAAGGCUGCUGAGGAAAACCUCAAGAAUGAUCACCCUAAGGCUAUAACUGAUGGGUUUAUAGCUCUCACAGACCAAAAGCUUGCAGAAGCCAAGAACGCACCACAACGACGACAAACUUCUUCUGAUGGUUUACCUCCUUUGAGCGACGAAGCUAAAGCAGCAUUAGAAAAAACAAAGGCAGAUGGGAAGGCCAGACUUGCAGCUGUGACUGCUGCGGGUGGAACUAAGGAUCAUCCUAAGGCUAUAACAGAUGGAAUCAUAGCUCUCACAGACCAAAAGCUUGCAGAAGCCAAGAGCGGUAAAUCUUCAGCACCACAACGACGACAAACUUCUUCUGAUGGUUUACCUCCUUUGAGCGACGAAGCUAAAGCAGCAUUAGAAAAAACAAAGGCAGAUGGGAAGGCCAGACUUGCAGCUGUGACUGCUGCGGGUGGAACUGUUACUGAUAGAGAAAUAUUACUAGUUAUCAAGAAGGCCGCUGAGGAAAACCCUAAGAAGGAUCACCCUAAGGCUAUAACUGAUGGAUUUAUAGCUCUCACAGACCAAAAGCUUGCAGAAGCCAAAAGCGGUAAAUCUUCAGCACCACAACGACGACAAACUUCUUCUGAUGGUUUACCUCCCUUGAGCGACGAAGCUAAAGCAGCAUUAGAAAAAACAAAGGCAGAUGGAAAGGCCAGACUUGCAGCUGUGACUGCUGCGGGUGGAACUGUUACUGAUAGAGAGAUAUUAUUGGUUAUCAAGAAGGCUGCUGAGGAAAACCCCAAGAAGGAUCAUCCUAAGGCUAUAACCGAUGGAUUUAUAGCUCUCACAGACCAAAAGCUUGCUGAAGCCAAAAGCGGUAAAUCUUCAUCACCACAACGACGACAAACUUCCUCUGAAGGUUUACCUGCCUUGAGCGACGAAGCUAAAGCAGCAUUAGAAAAAACAAAGGCAGAUGGGAAGGCCAGACUUGCAGCUGUGACUGCUGCGGGUGGAACUGUUACUGAUAGAGAAAUUUUAUUAGUUAUUAAGAAGGCUGCAGAGGAAAACCCUAAGAAGGAUCAUCCUAAGGCUAUAACUGAUGGAUUUAUAGCUCUCACAGACCAAAAGCUUGCAGAAGCCAAGAGCGGUAAAUCGUCAUCACCACAACGAAGACAAAAUUCCUCUGAAGGUUUACCUCCCUUGAGCGACGAAGCUAAAGCAGCAUUAGAAAAAACAAAAGCAGAUGGGAAGGCCAGACUUGCCGCUGUGACUGCUGCGGGUGGAACAGUUACUGAUAGAGAAAUAUUACUAGUUAUCAAGAAGGCUGCUGAGGAAAACCUCAAGAAUGAUCACCCUAAGGCUAUAACUGAUGGGUUUAUAGCUCUCACAGACCAAAAGCUUGCCGAAGCCAAGAACGGCUAA